AUCAUCGAUGAGUUGGGCAGAGGAACCAGUGUUGAAGAGGGCGUCGGCUUCUGUUUCGCCAUUUGUGAACAAUUGCUUCAAACAAAAGCGUUGACACUCUUUGCCACACAUUUCACGGAAAUGACAAAACUAGAGGACUUCUACUACAAUGUCUCGAACUUUCAUUUCGGUGUCAAUCACUCCGUUAUCGAUGAGAUCAAUACAAAUUCCUAUACGUUUACACACGUUCUGGAGGCCGGAGCCACUCAGGAAGUGCUAUACGGUCUCCAAUUGGCUAAUAUGACGGCAAUUGAUCCCAUUAUUCUACAUAACGCAGAAGUUAUUGCACAACAAUUGCUUCAAACUUUUCACAAAUCAAUCGUAACGACACAAAUGGAUUCAGCGAAGAGAGCGAAAUAUAGGUUGACAUCAAUGUUGAAGUCAUUGUCAAGUGAUGGACAGAUACCAGAUGUGGAGGCACUCAACGAACUCCUCAUUAAAUACCAAACAGACAUUCAAAGCGGAACACAAGAUGAUAGCCAAAUGGAAAAUGAUUUCAGUUUAAUAUAAUUUAAUAAUUAGUUCAUACAAUCGCCACAAAAUAAUUUCAUAUCAUUUAUAAAUCUAAACAAUUAUCUAAAAAACAAAUCUACGGUUCAAUUGAUUCCGAUUUCUUCUCAUCGAUGUCUUCAUUGUUUUGGAUGUCGUGUAACAUUAACUAUAGG